UGCUGAUGGAGUCACGUUGGUGUAGCUCUUCGCAUUCACUUUGUGGUUAAAUCUUAGUGUAGAACAGGUGAAUUAUCCCCGUCAUUACCUAUAAAGAAAUAAAUCAAAGUUUACCACUAAACGUUGGUGUUUAGUGUUGUAGUUGUGUUGAAAGUGACGGAAAGAUGCAGCUUUGACAACUUCAAUCUUUCCGUCUGCCUGGAAGCUGAUUGGCUCAGUUAAACGUCGGUUCAGCGUCUGAGAACUUUUUGCUGAUUGCGUGUUUGUGAUACCAGUGGAAACGAAUUCUUUCAUCAGAGCGCACCAAUACAGCUUCAAGUGUAGUUCCGAUAUGACUAAAAGAAGCUCAUCUCUUCAACUGGUCAAAAGGAUGUUGAACCACCACUGCAGAAGGAACCCUGAGCUUCAUGAAGAGCUGCAGAUCCAAGCUGCAGUGGCGGCGGGGGAUGUCUGCACUGUUAGAAGAAUGCUGGAGCAAGGAUACUCACCAAAGAUUCGCGAUGCCAAUGGCUGGACACUGCUUCACUUCUCAGCAGCCAAGGGAAAAGAGAGAUGUGUUCGAGUUUUUCUGGAGCAUGGAGCUGACCCCACAGUGAAGGACUUUAUUGGUGGCUUCACCGCACUUCAUUAUGCAGCUAUGCACGGCAGAGCACGCAUUGCCCGACUGAUGCUGGAAUCAGAGUUUCGUACUGACAUUAUAAACGCAAAAAGCAAUGACGGCUGGACACCGCUGCACGUAGCUGCCCACUAUGGUCGAGACUCAUUCGUACGGCUCCUGAUUGAGUUCAGGGCCGAGGUGGACCCUCUGAGUGACAAAGGAACCACACCAUUACAGCUUGCCAUCAUACGCGAGCGCUCCACCUGCGUUCGGAUUCUCCUGGACAAUGGCGCCAACAUUGACAUUCAAAAUGGCUUCCUGCUGCGCUAUGCUGUCAUCAAAGGCAAUCACUCAUACUGCCGCAUGUUCCUGCAGAGGGGAGCAGACACUAAUCUGGGACGCCUUGAAGAUGGCCAAACUCCCUUGCAUCUGUCAGCUCUAAGGGAUGAUGUGUUGUGCGCCCAGAUGCUCUACACUUACGGAGCAGACACCAACACCAGGAACUACGAGGGUCAGACUCCAGUGGCUGUGUCUGUUAGCAUGUCAGGGAUUAGUCGGCCUUGUCUGGACUUCCUGCAGGAGGUCACAAGACAACCUCGGACUCUACAGGACUUGUGUAGAAUAAAAAUCCGUCACUGUAUUGGCCUUCAAAACUUGAAAUUCUUGGAGGAUCUACCACUUGCAAAGGUUAUGAAAGACUAUUUAAAGCACAAGUUUGAUGCUCUGUAAAGCAAGAACACAAGAAGAGGAGACAUGAGAAAAAACUCUAGAGACUAUGCAAUCGGUAUCCUCGCCUGGAAGAAAAAGUCCAGAAACCAGUUGUGUACUUGCUGAAGGACAGACCAUUUUAGUCCAUCAGUUGUCAAUGCAUUAAAAUUAUUGUUUUUGACUUCUGUUCAACCUUUUUACUAUUGAUAAAGUUGGCGGAGAGUGGAAAUAGAUACACCUCAAGCUUUUUUGUGUGUGUGUGUGUGUUUGUGUGUGUGUGUGUGGAGAAGAGAAACCUCAUGUGACUGCAGAAAGCAUUCUUACUGCAAUUAGCAUUUUUACCCUUUAUUUUCUUAGUAGGAAUGUGCAUGAUAACCUCUGUGGGAUUGUCACUGAGUAUACUCUCAAGUAUAUUGGCCAUUAUCUUGUUUUUUAAAAUCAUUCAAAAGUCUUAAAAAAAAACAAAAAAAAACUGAUUUUGUUUUACUACCCAAUACAUGAGGCUAAACCCAAAAAGCUCUGUAUUUAAACCUUUUAAACAGGUGUUCAUCACCUGUAUUCUUCUUAUUGACAGUUCUUUCCAACAGUGAUAAGGAAGCAGUGUGCCAUUCUGCUUUGAAAGGAAAGAAGGAAGAGAAAAAAUAUGGAGCUAUGGCUGGAAGAUGUGGACAAACAGAUGUAUGGUAUAUGUAACAGCGCAGUGUCAGACACCUGUAAAAUACUAUUAUCCAAACAUUUAAAGACAUUUAUUAUAGAUUAUUCCAGAUAGUCAACAAAACUUCCCCACAGCAAGAAAUUCCUUUCCUUGUUCAGCCAGACUGUUUUUGAGCUGAAGUGAAUUUGAACACAAGUUGAAAGUAAAAAUUUGAGGUUCCAAGUUUCCAUUGUCUGCUGUGACCAGACCAGCAAGUGUAUACUUUAAAAAUAACAGUGUUACCUUUAGUCCAGCAUUGCUUUUUUCCCCUGACAGACAACAAUAUCCUAUGCAGAUAUAUUUUUAAUUUAUUAUGACACAGACGGCAAUACACCCAGUAGGUUAAAGAAGUUUGCAGUCAAUUCAAUGAUGGAAAUGCUUAAAAAGUGAGCUAUAAAUAAUAUUGCUCUAUCCAUUUUUGUGCUUUAUGUAGUAGUUGAGCUUGGAGUGAGUGCACUGUAAUGAAAUACUGUUGUAUUCAGCAUUCUGACAUAAGGCACUACAUAACUGUUCAUCAUGGCUAUAUUCAGACAUACCCAGGACAGUGUCUAGUAGAACCAGGUACCAUAAGAUAUUUGUUGACUUGUCAGCAUUGACAAACUGUAACCACCAUUUUGAGUUGAUUUCUCGCUGCCAUUGUCAUGUCUCUGUGUGGUUUUCUGUUUUAUUCAGCAAAAAGAGCUGUAUCCUGCCCAACCUCUCACACACAAGUACAGAGAGGGAGAUCAGUUUUCUGCAUUGGGAAAAGCAAAUAUGCAUAGACUAAUGUAUUAAUCCUAGUACAAAUUAGAAGCGGAAAUUCUAAGAUAAAAAUUUAGCAACUCACGAAGACGGAGGCAUAUUUAGUCAGAAUUUGUUAAUGUGACAGCAUGCAGUUUGUGUUGUAUUAAAGCUGAAGCAUAAAGUUGACUGUUCAAAUUGGGAAGAGCAGUAACUAGAUUGCUUAUUGAGACAUGAGGUCAGUCUUAAAUGCUGACAUGUUAAUUAGGGGGGAAAGUUCAGAUCUGAAAUGAGCUUAACUCACAAAAGCAGUUGAUAGAAGCAUGAAUAAUUAAGUCCCUUGUUGGUAGCAUGGAUACACAAUAUUUAGAAGCUAAAGUCAGUGUAAUUAUGUUACAUGUACAAGAGAUAUUUUUGAAGAAUUUAUUUAAGUAAUGAUCUCGUAAUGUAUUUAAAGUUUGGAAAGUAAUGUGAUCUGUUUGUUGUAACUCAAGUAUUUCUUUUUGUCGGAGUUCAAAUACAUGAAUAAUUUGGAAUCAAACUCUUUGAUUUUUAUGGCAGAAAUGUUGGGUGCUUUCUUAAAAUUCAUCCUCUUGCAGCUGUUGUGGGAGAGAUACUGUGAAUUUUUUUCACUUUGGUAUUUCAAAAUAAAAUGUAGGAUUUGGUG